GGCCGAAAAGGAAGCUACAGUGAUGGCUGUGGAUAAAGCAAAAGUGCUGAAGAAAGUACAUGUGGAGCCGGGUGCUGCGCUUACUGUCACUGACAGAGUCCUGAGUGAAGGAAAUGUGACAUCUGAACCAGAGAUGGAUCCUGACUGGGAAGGUAGAACCAUUAAACCAGAUGUUGUUGCAGACCCCAAGGCCCUUGAUGUCUCUGCUGGACAGCAGAGAGAUAAUGUUGAAGUGAAAGAGAAGUCUGCGAGUGAGCAGAGAGACAGCGAGAAACUGUCCAGGAACUACCCUAAGGCCCAUGGGACCAAGUCCCUUGCAAACGGGAAGACAACUCCUAAAGGAGGAGAAGAGCUGGAUCAAGUUGGCUCAAAGGAAGAGACAGGCCAAGAACAGGUGACGGUCAGAAGACAAGAGAAUGUCUCAAGUUCCUGCAGCGAGAGUGAAGAGACCACUGUAAGUAAGAGAUCUCGGAAAAACCGAGCUGGACUUUGUAAGAAAAGAGAGCAGAUCCAGAAUCUUGAAGAAACCUUACAGAUGAUUUCUUCAAAAUUGGCACAAAAAGAAGAAGAGGUGUAUUACCUGAUGGAGGACAAAGAAAAAUCGCUUGUAGACUUGAAGAAAGAGAAAGAAGCGAAGCUUCAGAUGCAGAAAGAUAUGGAGAUCCACCAAAGUGAGCUUGUGGCUCUGCAGGAUGAGCUGUUCCGCUCCCAGGGUCAUGUGACCAGCAAGGAGAGCGAAUUGGAGAGGCUGGUCCAGCAGUUGUCACUCAAGGAGGAAGAAGUGAAUGUUCUGUCUGAGGCAUAUCGGGCUCUACAAAGUGAUCACCAGGCUAGGUUGGUAGCCAUGGAAGAGCUUGAGAAUGAGAAAGUGGUAAUGGCUCAUAAGGUGCAGAGCCUGGAGGCGCAGAACGAAAUGCACAUUAAGUCUCAUGCAGCUACCUUGGAUUCGCUGGGAAGGCAGAUCUCCAAACAAGAGGCUCAGCUAAAAGUCUAUGAGCAGAAAGUGUCCGAGAUGGAGCUACUGAGUAAAGACAAUGAGCAGAUGAGACAACAACUGCUGUCCCUGGAAGAUACUGUCAAUAACUUGACAGAAUUGCUAGAAAGAGAGAAGGUGAACUCCUCUAAACUCAAGAGUGAGCAGCAGAAAAACUUAAAGCUGGAAGGGGACAUGAAGGUCCUAAAAGAAAGCAGUGACCAGGCUGCAGCAGAACUGCACAAAGAGAAACUUGCCGUUGGGAGACUUGAAGCGCAAAUUGCUCAGUUGUAUGAAGAACUCAGAAUGAAAACCGAGAGUCUGCAGAAGAAGCUGCUGGAGAUGGAGAUGCCUCCUCUAAAAGUGUCAGAGUCUGAGCGAAGGGCUCAAGAAACAAAGCAGCUGAAGCAAGUCUCACAAGAAGCUCCGGAGUCUGGAUGCAGAGUCCGUGAUCAGAAAAAUAAAGGCGGUACAGACAUGGAUGGUCGGGGCCAGAGAAGCUCACACUACAGUCCAGCCUUUGGUGAGAGAAGGCAGAGGCCUGAAAGGACUACCUUGUUUGCAGCCAGUGUCCAGGGCGUUGCCGUGAGCAACAUGAAGAAGGUAGGAGGCUCCAAGGAAGUCUUUGGAACACCAGUUGUGAAGAACAGUUUCUAUAAAGUGAAGCUGAAAGUUCCUGAAGACUUGCAGCAGAUGUGCGUAAAGGAAUCGGCUCAUAAAGACUUUUCAAAGGCAGUGGAAGCCUUUUCGGUGUCUUAUGACUCAGAGAAUGCCCAGCUGGUCAUCUUGUCUGACAAUGAAGUUACCAUUCAGAGGGUGAACAUGUUGGGUAACAUCCAUUUCCGAAGUCUUCGAACAAAAUUGUCUGUGAUAUCGAGAAUCAAAGAAGCCAGAAAGAAUCUGGAAAGCUUAUGUCUGUCAGUGUCUAGAUUCCAUGUGCAGUUUGAUGUACGAAAAGACUUGAUGCGCUCAGUAAUCGGCACUCAUGGCACAAAUAUACAACAAGCAAGGAGAAUCCCUGGGGUGACUGCUGUUAUUCUUGAUAAAGAUACAUGUACGUGUCAUGUGUAUGGUGAGAACCAAGAUGCUGUGAAGAAGGCAAGAAGUUACCUGGAGUUGGCUGAGGUGGUAAUGUGGGUUCCCCGAAACUUGGUGGGAAAAGUCAUUGGGAAGAAAGGAAGGCACAUUCAGAAGGUUGUCGACCAGUCAGCGGUUGUCAGAGUGAGAGUUGAGAGUAAUAAGAAGAGCUCCCAAGACGAGGGAAUGGUCCCCUUUGUAUUCCUGGGCACAAAGGACAGUGUUACUAAAGCAACCAUUCUACUGGACUACCACCUCAAAAGGUUGAAGAAAGUGGACCAACUUCAGCUAACUCGACCAAAGAGAAGGACAGAUGCAUGGUCGUGUGUGCACUGUCUUUUGAAGACAAGUGCUCAUCCCCAGUGGUCUGAGCAGAGGGGGGGGAUAUGUGACAGUGUGGCA